UCGUCCCCCUUUCGCUACUGCAGUCCUUCGUCCUCUGUUCCCGACCUAGCUCACCUACUCUUGUUUGUUCUCUUCUUCGUAGCUCCUCCCUCCCUUCCUGUCUCCUGCUACUGCACACAGAUAUUGGAAGGAACCGUUCCUAUUUGUAAGAACCCUGAGUGCGUAGUUGGAGGUUGAUAGCUGCAAAUGACGAUACGCCACGGAGCCAUGAUAAAUGAUCUCUUGCUACCUGCUUCGAUUCUCUUGCUCUUCUCAUCUCUUCUCUUCGGAAUAGUGAUCAAGAAGAAGACAACAAAGAGAAAAUCAGCGUUGAAUCCUCCAUCUCCUUCGACGGCUUUAUCCCCCAAGAUCGGCGACAGCUCUCCAAAGCACGUUGAGUUCGCUCCCAUUCAAUCGAAAGUUCAUAGCACAACAAUCCUGGAAGAGCUUGUGCUGGAGCAGAAAAGGACAAGAAGACAAGUUCCAGCCGUCGAGAUGCAUAGAACGAGGGAAACCUCUGUCUCGCCCGAGCGUCGCUCCCCAACGAGCAGCUUCUCUUCCGGUACCUCGCGUUACGUUGCCAAGAGCCACCUGCACCGGAGCAGCAGCGGUAGCAGGUACUAUGCCAGCAUCAUCGCAAGGAACUUUGCGGUCUACGAUGCGACACUGGAGGAGAUCGAGCAUGGGAAGGAGCCUGGGUUCGCUUUCCAGAGAAUACCUUCUUGUCCUUCAUAUCAGUCGGACCACAACGUGGAGUGUGUUGUUAAGAGAGUGAGGAGUGGUGGCGAUAUGUAGAAACUUGCGCCAACGAAGAGACGCGAUGUAGGGGGGGGGUAUUUUUUUCUGGACUUCAGCAUUUGUACCAUGUAUAUAUUCAUCUUAUGUUUGAUAAUGGUUUGCAAUGAAUUGGACUGAACAU